CGCGCAUGCCCGCCGGCCCCGCCGCCGCCGCCGCCGCCGCGCCCUCGCCGCCGCACCGCCUCUUCGCCCACUCCUCGCCCGCGCCCUUUGCGCCGGCGCCCAGCAGCAGCAGCAGCAGCAGCAGCAGCAGCAGUGCCGCGUCUGCGCCGGCGCCCGCCUCGCCCGCCGACGUGCUGCACACCAAGGGCAUCGACAUCGCCGGCUUCCGCAUCGCCGUCACGCACAGCUCCAUUGCGCCCGCCGCGCACAUCGACGCCCUCACCGCGCGCCUCGGCAUCCCCAUGCCCGAGAUGCCGUUUGCCAGCAGCGCGCUGCUCAUCGAGCAUGCGCACAGCGGCUGGCGCUACCGCUUCGAUGCCGUCGAGGCGCUGCGCUGCGUCGCCGGCGUCUCGCACGACGCCGCCAUGCACGGCAUCAACGUCGCCGGCGCCGCGGCGGCAGGCUCGGCACGCACGCUGGCCAGGAAGAAGGGCAAGGGCAUCAAGGUGGCGUAUGCCGAAGAGUGGGGACGCAGCAGGGACGACCCGAGCGUGGCGCCGCAGCCGCUGCCCAGCAGCUCCUCGGGCGGCGUGCAGACGGCCUUUUCGCCCGCCAUCGCCCCCGCGCUCAAAGCCUCGGCGCUUACUUCCUCCAUCUCCUCGGCGAAAGACUACGACUGGACCUACUCCACGACGUACGCCGGCAGCGAGACGCCUUCGGGCACCGGCGCACAGCUACAGCUCGGCAGCGACCGCAGCACGGACCGCAUCCCGACGGAACGCCUCGGGCCGGGCAUGGAGCCCAUUCUCUUCUGGGAUGAAGUCGUGCUGUUUGAGGAUGAACUGGGAGACAAUGGCACGAGUGGCGUGGAUGUCAAGGUGCGCGUCAUGCCCUCUUGCCUUCUGCUCCUCUCGCGCUUCUUCCUGCGCGUCGACGACGUGCUCUUCCGCAUCUUCGACACGCGCCUGUAUAUUGAGUUUGCGCCCGGCAGCGCCAGCGCUGCUCCCGCACCUGCGCCCGCGCCACAGGCUGGCAUGCCGAGCGCCACGGCACGCCCGACGCCGGGUGCAGCAGCAGCAGCAGCAGCAGCAGCAGCAGCAGCAGCAGCAGCAGCAGCAGCGGGCAGAGGCGGCAGUGCCGCGCUGCAGCUGGGCGACGGGCUGGCACAGCUGUCGCUGGGCGCGCCGCGCAGCAGUGCCACUCGAGGCGUGCCUGCUGCCAACGCUACCACAGGCACACGCGCGGCGUCCGCCGCGCAGACACCCGCGACGAGUGCGCCGCCACGAGUGGUGCGCGAGUGCAGUGGCUGCGAGGCGACUUACAAGGAAGUGCGCGCCUGUCUACCGGCAUGGAAGGCGCACGAUCUGUCUCCUCUCACCGACGCGUCCUGGGUCGCUUCGACGCUCACGUCGCUGUCCGCCGCGCGUGCCCCGCGUGCCGCGGCCGCCGGCGCGUUUGGCAGCACGGCCGCCGAGUAUGGCCGCCGCAGCGACCGCCCGCCCCUCGCGGCGGCGGCGCCGGCACGUGCGGAGCCCGAGGCGCACCAGGUGCUGGGAGAGGUCGAGGAGCAGUGGGAGGGAGAAGGAAGCAGAGUGGAUGUGGUGGUGUUGCAAUGAGAGAGCACGCAUCGGAAUCGGA